AUGAAGCUACCGGUCCUUAAAGUUCUAAAGGGUGCCGAUGACCCAAAAACACCAUUAAUUGUGCUGGCAAACCCUAGUUCAAACAUUCAUACGGAAGUCAUGUCAGAGCCAGAGAUCCAGAAUCCUGAUUUGGAAACAACUAUAGCCACACCAACGGACACUACAACAUCUAAAACAGAAAAGCCAUCUAAAAAGAUCCGUCCGCCACAAAUUAAGAAUCCAUCUUUCAACCAGCAGCAGCGACAAAAACUUGGACUUCAGGAGCUUCUCUCUAUGCCUGGUGGCUGGGAAAGCAUUCCUAUAAGCAAUCCUGUCUCAUUGGUUGCAAUGUCCCAACAGGCACAUAUUCAACCCAUUUUCUAUCCAAUGCCAGUUUAUAUUCCGUAUCCGAUUAAUCCGUUAAUGCUAAGUCACCAAAUGAAUACAGUGGGCCCUUUGGAAAACAAAAAUCUUGAAGAUCAAAUCAAUUUUAGAUUUAAUGAAUUGAUGUCUGCCAAAUUACUUAGAGAUGCCUUCAAAGGUGAUAAUCCUAAAUGGCCAGAGAUGAACAACAACUUUGUAAGACCAGGCAAUCAGAAAUGGAGGGGAAAAUUUAGGAAAACCACAUCGACGACUACAACAACCACAACGGAUUCCCCAGUAACACAGUCAACAGAACCUACACGAAUUUCGGUUGAAAAUAAUAAGGAGACUGUCGCCGAACAACAAAAGUAG